AUGUGUUGCAACUACUAUAGAAACUCCUGUGGCUAUGGCUGUGGAUAUGGUUGUGGAUAUGGCUCUGGCUGUGGCUGUGGCUAUGGCUGUGGAUAUGGUUGUGGAUAUGGCUCUGGCUGUGGCUGUGGCUAUGGCUGUGGAUAUGGUUGUGGAUAUGGCUCUGGCUGUGGCUGUGGCUAUGGCUGUGGAUAUGGUUGUGGAUAUGGCUCUGGCUGUGGCUGUGGCUAUGGCUGUGGAUAUGGUUGUGGAUAUGGCUCUGGCUGUGGCUGUGGCUAUGGUUCCAGAUAUGGCUGUGGCUAUGGAAGUGGCUGCUGUACCUGCCGACCAUUUUGCUACAGAAAAUGCUGUUCUUCUUGCUCCUAG